UCAUUCGCACGCGCUUACGCCGGUCGGUGGAGCAACAAAAACAACAACUACGACGAAGAACAAAACUCUGACCGGAGAUCGCGUGUUUUUUUUCAGUUUUUGUUUAAUUUGGUGCGCUGAUUUCACUGCUAAUAAUAAGUAUUAAAUCAGAUAAGAAACACCUUCAAAGAUAAGGUACUAGAUUCCCCAUUGGAAUUAUCAGCAUUUACGGGACGAACGCACAGCCCAUCGGAACGACGACGACGGCGGAGACACCGGACGACACCGGAAAAUGAACAAAGAGUGAAUAGAGCCCGGAAAAUAGGCAUUAAAAUAUGAGCGAAUAAUCAUGCGAAAUAUCAGAAAUCUCAAGGAUCCCACAGUGUGGACAAAAUGGAUGCAAAUCCACUUCCACCUCCACCUCCUCCUCAUUAUCAUUCUCCUGAGCUUCAUAGACUCCACCAAAGCGGCGGAGUUAACGAAGGUCAGCUGUAGCUCCGGUGGCAGUACCACCAUUACCUGUGACUGCAAUAACAUUGACCAGCCCAUGGUCUUGCCAUUCCUGCACGGGGACGUCUCUCUGGUGGAGAUUCGUCACUGUCCCGACCUUGUUGUGGAAGCCAAUUGCCUGGGCGAUACCAUAGGCCUGCGCAAGGUGAGCUUCAACCAGGUGGGAAAGCUAGUGCUCCGCCAGUCUGCCCUCAGUGUUCCUCGCUAUGCCAGCAAUAAGGCCCUGAUUGUGGAGUUCGAACAAACGAAUAUCAAAUUGAUUGAAUCACAUGCCAUUACGGGAAACAUUGAGGAGAUCUCAUUUGUGGGCGGACGGAUAGAUGAGAUGAAACCCUUUGGGUUUACCACAACCAAGAACAGUGCCAUAUUGCUCAAGCUGGAUGGAGUGACUAUACAGCACAUUGAAAGUCAGGCCUUUAAAAAGUUUGCCGUGGAGCAAAUGAGCAUUGCCAAUUGUCAGUUUUUGGGUGAUUUACCCACACGAGCCUUCUACGAACUGGAGGUUCUCAAUGAGCUCAGUCUGAGGGGCAAUCACUUCCACCAGGAGGUGCACUCUCAUGCCUUCUCCUUUAAACUUGUCUCCAAACUAAGCCUGAGUGAGAAUCACUUUGUGGCCGUGGAUGGUGAAUGGCUAGAGGCUCAGAUCCGAGAUGCUGUGACCCUACGGGGCAAUGAUUUCGGUGCCACCAGUGAGAUAGCCUUCCGCAGUCUCACCGUGCAUCGUUCGUAUCAGCUAAGCGAGCGCCUGGAGUUGCGUUUCCACAACAACACUCUGCGCAGCUCACGUCCAGGUGCAGAUCCCAAGGCGGAGGAUGAUGAUCCCGCGACACAGCCGCAACCUUUGCGCUUUGAUGAGCGCUUUGCUUUAAGCAUUCGUGAGCUUCGCUAUGAUAAUCCUUGGAGCUGCGAUCAGCUGGACAGGAAUGUAGAGCCACCACUGCCCAAGGCCGAGUUCUUUCGCCUUCACAGCGAUCAGCUAAUGUUCCAGCCACCGGGACAGCGGCUAGUCCAGCAGCAGCAGGCACCACCUUUACUGCCACUGCGUCUGCUCAUCAGCGAUCAGUGUCGCCAACAGAGCUACACGGCAUACAUAGUGGCUGGUAGUGUGAUCCUUGGCCUGCUGCUGCUCCUGCUGAGCCUAUUGCUCUGGUGGCGGAUAGUGCAGAAACGGCGACGACGUAAAUUGGAUGUUGUCCAGCCGGAGCCGCGGACAUACAAAGAGACUCAGAUCGUAUACCAAAUCGAGAAUGCUGGCCUGCUCAAGACUGAUUUAUAGACAUGACGCCAAGGAAAGACACAAAGCAGAGAUACACACACACAUAGAGCUGAGAGAAGCUAGAGGAGGAAGCUAGAGAUGGAACCACCACCACCAAUGCGUGACCUUUCGCUGUACCAAAAUCAUAGCCUACAAGUUUAGUCCAUAGAUAUUGUAUCUUAAUUAUGCCUAAGCAAUGUAAGAAUUUCCCUUGUAAAUAGCCACAAUAUUAAAUGGAAUAUCAAUAUUCUGUA